UCAGCUGCUGGCACGAGUCUGGGCGGGGUGACGUGAGCGGCGCUCGAGCACAGGCAGCAGAAGUUCGUUAUUAAUACCAGGACUUCCUCCUGUCUGUUAGUCACCAGCCUACUGCUUCUACUCCCCGAGGCUCACAACGGGUUUACACGGAUAUUCCAUCCUAUCGAAAUGAAACUGAACUUUUACGGUACAAAACAGAACUGUUGAUUCAGGCGGACCCGUACCCUUCUUACCAGAGACUACGAUGUGAAAAAAAUGGAAUUUGCAGGAGUUAUUGGUGGAUUUUAGUGGUUACUGAACGGCGGGACGUGGUCGGACCAUACUUGGGUGGAGGAGCGGUUGGUCAACCAUGCUGUGGCCAGGUUUAACACACUGGGUAGCGGCUGUGUUUCUCUGUCGGGUCGCCUCGGCGCAGUACUCCAGCGACCAGUGCAGCUGGAGAGGAAGGUAGGCUAUAGGUUUAUUAUUGUAUGUGUGUUAUUCGACAGGUUUUAUUUAGCCUUAUAGGAUUUAGGCUAAAAGCCAACACUUCUGUAGACUAGCUACAAUCUCUUUUGGUUAAGGACUUUGAGUGUUAGAUGUAGACUAUGGCACUGUUGCUAUCGAAACAGUAACCAAUAGGUUCAUACAUUCAGUCCAACGGUAGAUUUUCUGGAAACUCGUUUCCUCCCUGCCAGUCCAGAUGUUGCGCAAUAAUGUCCUCAACAGCGAGGCCAUAGCAUAUUUACAUUUGCAGGUGCAAACAAGUUGAAGAUGGUUUAUCAAAUCGAAUAAACGGUUGGAUAAAUUAAGGCUAAUGCAUUUAAUAUUUUGUGCACUAAAACGUCCUACCCAGAGAGAGGGGGGUGUGGAGAGAGAGAGGUAUGUGAACCACUUGUCUGUUGUUCAUUAGGUAGAUGUUCAGGAAUUAACUCCAGAAAUGAUUUAAUAGACUUCAUUAAACCCGUGGAAAUAAGAGGGGAGACGGUUUCAACACCCCCAGCCUCUGAGGGAAGGAGAGAGAGAGAGGAGGAAAUAGAGUAUAAUACGAUAAAGAGAUAUAAAAAAAAAAGGGAUAUAGAUAUGACUCCAUGCAAAGGUGUGGGACUCUUAACUACCUUAUACAAUGAGAUUGUGUUUAUACAUGUGUUAUGUAUUUUAGGGCUGAUGGAUUUGCAUAGGGAAUGUUUUGGUUUCUCCUCCUGUCCUGUGGCCUAUAGCUAUGUGAGCUCCAAUUGGCGGCGCGCCAUAAUAUUCUAAGAAAACACGAUAACAUAUUUUGAACUGUUCCAGUGAAAUAUGCAAAAUCUCUCCUCCUUCCCCAAUACCUUAACCCCUUCUCUACCCUACUGCCCCCCUCUCUCCUCCUCCCUUUUACCCUCUCUCCUCCUUCCCCAAUACCUUACCCUCUGUCUGAAAAACCAUGCCCCCCGACUCCCUCCUGCCCUGUUGACCCCUCCCUGCAGGCUCCCAAUACUAAAACCCCUGCUUACCCGACUGGCCCCUCUCGCUCCUCACCCUUUGACCCCUCCUCCUCCUUGCCCCAAUACCUUAACUCCUUCUCUACCCUACGUCCCCCUCUCUCCUCUCCUUUUAAACCCUCUCUCUCCUUUCCCAACACCUUAACCCCUUCUACCCUACCGUCCCCCGCUCUCCUCCUACCCUUGGACAUCUCUCCGCCUAAUCCAAUACCUUAACAAACCUUUCUAACCGUACCGUCAACCGAUCCUGCCCCUUUUUACCCCAUCUCCUCCAUCACCAAUACCUUAACAAGUUCCUAACCUAACCGUCCCCCUCUCCCCCAGUUGUACCGAAGCUCUCCAUACCUUCUUCCAAAUACCUUAAUCAUCUCACCCUACGCCCCCUCUCUCCUCCUCCCGUACCGCUCUCUCCUCUCCACCAAUACUGAAACCCCUUCUUAAACCAAGGACCCCUCGCCCUCACCUUAUUACCUCUCUCCUCCUCCCAAUACCUAACCCUUCUCUACACUACCGUCCCCUCCUCCCUCCGCCCUUUUACCUCUCUCUCCUCCUUCCCCAAUACCUUAACCCCUCUCUACCCUAACGUCCCCCUCCCUCCUGCCCAUUUUACCACUCUCCUCUCCCCAAUAAACUUAACCCCUUCUCUACCCUAACCGUCACCCUCUCUACCCCCCUCCUCCUUUUACCCUCUCUCCUCCUUCCCCAAUACCUAACCCUUCUCCCCACCCUAACCGUCCCCCUCUCUCCUCCUCCCUUUACCCUCUCCAUCCUUCCCCAAUACCUUAACCCUUCUCUCCCCACCCUACCGUCCCCCUCUCUCUCCUCCCUUUAACCCCUCUCAUCCUUCCCCAAUAAACCUUAACACCCUUCUCUACCUACGUCUCCCUCUCUCUCUCCUCCCUUUUACCCUCUCCUCCUUCCCAAUACCUUAACCCCUUCUCUACCCUACCGUCCCCCUCUCUCCUCCUCCCUUUUACCCUCUCUCCUCCUUCCCCAAUACCUUAACCCCUUCUCUACCCUACCGUCCCCCUCUCUCCUCCUCCCUUUUACCCUCUCUCCUCCUUCCCCCAUACCUUAACCCCUUCUCUACCCUACUGUCCCCCCUCUCCUCCUCCUCCCUUUUACCCUCUCAUCCGUUCCCCAAUACCUUAACCCCUUCUCUACCCUACUGUCCCCCUCUCUCCUCCUCCCUUUUACCCUCUCUCCUCCUUCCCCAAUACCUUAACCCCUUCUCUAACCCACUUCUCCCUCUCUCCUCCUCCCUCUUCUUCUCUAACCCACUUCUCCCUCUCUCCUCCUCCCUCUCUCCCAGUGGUCUGACCCAUGAGUCUCACUCCCGUGAUGUGGAGCAGGUAUACCUGCGUUGCUCCCAGGGCAGUCUAGAGUGGCUCUACCCUACAGGGGCCCUCAUCGUCAACCUGCGGCCCAACACGGAGCCCUCGUCCGGGGCUUCCCCCGGCCUGCACGCCUGCAUCAAGCCCCAGACAGACUCCCGCGGAUCCCACCUCUACCUGGAGAGAGCUGGACAGCUCCGCCUGCUGAUGUCCGAGAAAGAACAGGUAGAUGGUCGGUUAGUCAGUCAAUCAGUCGGUCUGUUGGUCAAUUAGUCUGCCGGCCGGUCAAUCAUUUAGCCAGGCAGGCAGGCAGACAGCCAGACAUCAGUCAGUUGGUCGGUCUGUCGGACGUUCGUUCAGUCAAUCAGUCGGUCAGUCACAUUUAUUGAUAAAUCCCUUUUUACAUCAGAAGUUGUCACAGAUAAUGUACAGUAACCUGGCUUAGAACAGCACAGAACAUGUUACAUAGGCAAAAAAUGCAUGCUUAAGUUUAACCACUGUAAAUAUAAUUGUUACUAUAUUCAUAAAGUACUUGUGUGAAUAUGAUUAUCUUAGUGUCAUUACACCAGUACAUGUAUAUAUUUAAAUUGUUUGAUAUAUUUCCAGUCGCAGGGCAGGGUGCAGUGUUUCUCCCUGACAGAGGGGGCGCUGUUCAUAGAGGCAGUGGGCCAGCAGGAUAUCAGCAGGAGGAUCACAAUCGUUCAGUAUGAACUGGUGGCCAGCCACGGACCUGGAGCUCACCUUUACCCUCAUCUCAACACUGGCACUGGUAAGAGACCAACACACACACACACAUUCCAUGGGUAGAACCCAGGCAGUAGAACCCGUUCACCAGAUCAAGGGCUGUAGAAAGUAACAUGACAGAUGGACAAGAGAGGAAGAAUGAACCACUGGUUCAACUGACCCCUAGACACAUAGAAGAGGCCCUGUGUUGGCUGAAGAGGUAGAAAGGGGGGGAGGAAAUGAUGGGAGUUAAACAGAGUGACUGUCUAGCCCAAUAAAGCAGUCUAGCUCAGACACACACAUCCACAGACCUGCUGUCACUCAAGAGACAGACCAGACCAGACACUUCCUCUCUUUCUUGCUGUCCUUUAUCCCUCUCUUCUUCUUUCAAUUUUCUUUCCCUUUCUCAUCUUCUUCCUCUGCCUCCUCCUCACUCUCCCUCCCUCCCUCCUUCUCUCUCUCUCUCUUGUCUCCCUCCUCUCUUGUCUCCCCCCCUCCCUCCCUCCCUGUCUCCCUCCCUCCCUGUCUCCCUCCCUCCUCUCUCUUGUCUCCCUCCCUCUCUGUCUCCCUCCCUGUCUCCCUCCCUCCUCUCUCUUGUCUCCCUCCCUCCCUGUCUCCCUCCCUGUCUCCCUCCCUGUCUCUUGUCUCCCUGUCUCCCUCCCUCCCCCCUCCUCUCUCUUGUUUCCCUCCCUGUCUUCCUCCCCUCCCUCCUCCUCUCGUCUCCCUCCCUCAUCUAUCUUGUCUCCCUCCCUCCCUCUCUCUUGUCCUCCCUCCCUCCUAUCCCUCCUCUCUCUUGUCUCCCUCCCUCCUAUCCCUCCUCUCUCUUGUCUCCCUCCUCCCCCUGUCCUCCCCCCUGCCUGUCUGUCUCCCUCCCCUCCCUCUCUUGUCUCCCUCCCCCGCCCUCCGUCUCUCUUGUCUCCCUGUCUCCCUCUCUCUUGUCUCCCUGUCUCCCUCUCUCUUGUCUCCCUGUCUCCCUCUCUCUGGUCUCCCUCCCUCCUCUCUCUGGUCUCCCUCCCUCCUCUCUCUGGUCUCCCUCCCUCCUCUCUCUGGUCCUCCCCCUCCUCCUCCUCUCUCUGGUCUCCCUCCCUUCCCUCCGCUCUCUGGUCUCCCUCCCCUCCUCUCUCUGGUCUCCCUCCCUCCUCUCUCUGGUCUCCCUCCCUCCUCUCUCUGGUCUCCCUCCCUCCUCUCUCUCGUCUCCAUCCCUCCUCUCUCUCGUCUCUCUUGUCUCCCUCCUCUCUCUGUCUCCCACCCUCCCUGUCUCCCUCCCUCCUGCUCUCGUCUCUCUGUCCUCCCUUCCUCCCUCUCUUGUCUCCCUCCCUCCCCUGUCUCCCUCCCUCCCUGUCUCCCUCCUCCCUCCCUCCCUCCUCCUCUCUCUUGUCUCCCUCCCUCCUCUGCUCUUGUCUCCCCCUCCCUCCUCCUCUCGGCUCCCUCCCUCUUUCCCUCCCUCCUAUCCCUCCUCUCUCUUGUCUCCCUCCCUCCCUCUUGUCUCCCUGGCUCCCGCUCUCUUGUCUCCCUCCCGCCUCUCCGCUCCCAUCCCUCCUCCCUCUCUUGUCUCCCUCCCUCCCUGUCCUCCCUCCCUGCCUGUCUGUCUCCCUGCCCUCCCUCUCUCUGUCUCCCUGUCUCCCUCUCCUCUUGUCUCCCUUGUCUCCCGCUCUCUUGUCUCCCUCCCUCCUCCUCUGGUCUCCUCCCUCUCCCUCCUCUCUCUGUCUCCCUCCCUCUCCCCUCUCUCUCCUCUCUCUCCCUCCCGCCUCUCUCUCGUCUCCCCCUGUCUCCCUCCCUCCCCUCCUCUCUCCUCCCUCCCCUCUUCUCCCUCCCUCCCUCUCUCUCCCUCCCUCCUCUCUCUCUCCCCCUUCCUCCUCCUCUCUCUCUCUCCUCCCUCUUGUCUCCCUCCCUCCUCUCUCGUCUCCCUCCCUCCUCUCUCGUCUCCCGCUCUGACAUAUAAAAACAAGCAGGCUAAUCAACAGGUCACGCUGGGGUCAAGCCCAGGGGUCAGCCAAUCAUCAGCCAGCUGUCAGUCAGGGGUGCCCGCUGCAAGGCAUUGUGGGUAGCCCACCCGGGCAGGAGAAGAUAUGAUUGGUCAGAUGAGAGAGAGAGAGAGAGAGAGAAAUCUGAUUAGUACAGGUAUGUGUGUGCCAUAAAGUCAUCCCCAGACAGAGAGAGAAACUGUUUAAUAGUUGUUAUACUGGCAGACAGGGUCAAAGGUUACCACCAUUACCACCCUCUCUCCCACCUGUUGUUUCACUCUCACAAGGAUGAGAAAAUCCUUCAUCUUGUACCCUCCCCCCAUAGAUAACCUCAUCACCCCUCCCUCUCUCCCUCCUCCUCACCCCUCCCUCUCUCCCUCCUCAUUCCUCCCUCUCUCCCUCCUCAUUCCUCCCUCCCUCUCUCCCUCCCUCCUCCUCACCCCUCCUUCUCUCCCUCAUCCUCACCCUUCUCUCCCUCACCCCUCCCUCUCUCCCUGCUCAUUCCCCCUCUCGUCCUCCUCAUUCCUCCCUCUCUCCCCUCCUCACCCCUUCUUCUCUCCCUCCUCCUCACCCCUUCUUCUCUCCCUCCUCCUCACCCAUCCUUCUCUCCCCUCCUCCCUCACCCCUCCUUCUCCUUCCUCCUCCCACCCCUCCUUCUCUCCUCCUCCUCACCCCUCCUUCUCUACCUCCUCCUCACCCCCUCCCUUUCUCCCUCCCUCCUCAUUCCUCCCUCCCUCUCUCCUUCCUCACCCCUCCCUCUCUCCCCCAAAUAGAGCCCGGGGUAACAAGGAGGUGAGAUAACCAGACUCUCCCCUUCAUCUCCCCCUCAUCACCCCCUAUCUCAGGAAGGGAGGGAUAGAGGGAUGGAUGGGGGAGGGAAAGAGGGUGAAUCUGAGUGGAGAGAUACAGGACUAACUGACUCAAACGCUCACUCUUCUUUAUAUGUGAUGCUAGUGUUGUAUACUGUAUGGUGGUGUCUGUGGUGUAUGGUGGUGUAUGGUGGUGUAUGGUGGUGUAUGGUGGUGUCUGUGGUGUAUGGUGGUGUAUGGUGGUGUAUGGUGGUGUAUGGUGGUGUCUGUGGUGUAUGGUGGUGUAUGGUGGUGUAUGGUACACAGUUUAUGUCAUGUGUCUCUCUCUCAGCCUCAUGUACACCCUGCACAGAUGACCAGGUCCUGAUGGCGGUAUGCACCAGCGACUUUGGUAAGCACACACCUACGUACCCACCACAACACACACACACGCACCACAACACACACACACACAGAACAAUGGCCAUCACCAUCAAUAAGUUUGCUGAUGACACAACGGUGGUAGGCCUGAUCACCAACUACGACGAGACAGCCUAUAGGGAGGAGGUCAGCACGCCGCCAUCCACAUCGGCUGUAGUGGAGCAGGUCGAGAGAGCUUCAAGUUCCUCUGUGUCCACAUCACUAAGGAAUUAACAUGGUCCACACACACCCACACAAUCGUGAAGAGGGCAUGACCACACCUCUUCCCCCUCAGGAGGCUGAAAAGAUUUGGCAUGGGCCCUCAAAUCCUCAAAAGGUUAUACAGCUGCACCAUUGAGAGCUUCUUGACUGGCUGCAUAACAGCUUGGUAUGGCAACUGCUUGGCAUCCGACCGUAAGGCUCUACAGAGGUUAGUGCGUACGGCGCAGUACAUCACUGGGGCCGAGCUCCCUGCCAUCCAGGACCUCUAUACCAGGCGGUGUCAGAAGAAGGCCCUAAGACUGUUCUCUCUGCUACAGCACGGCAAGCGGUACAGAUGCACCAAGUCUGGGACCAACAGGACCCUGAACAGCUUCUACCCCCAAGCCAUAAGACUGCUGAACAAGACCGCUAAAUAAAUAGCUAUCUGGACUAUCUGCAUUGGACUAUCUGCAUUGGACCUCCUUUGCACUAACUCUUUAGACUCAUCACAUACACUGCUCCUACUGUUUAUUAUCUAUCCUGUUGCCUAGUCACUGUACCCCUACCUAUAUGUACAUAUCUACCUCAAUUGCCUCGUAGCCCUGCACAUAGACUCAGUACUGGUACCCUGUGUGAAUAGCCAAGUUAUCAUUAUUCAUUGUGUAUUUAUUCCUUGUGUUAUCUUUCUAUUACUUAUCUAUUGUUCUCUCUGCGUUGUUUGGAAGGGCCCGUCAGUAAGCAUUUCACUGUUAGUCUACACCUGUUGUUUACCAAGCAUGUGAGGAAUUUGAUUGGAUUUGAUUUAGAACACAUCCACAAACAGCACCUGCUGUAAAGGAAAUGAACAACCCUUCUCAUCGUUCUCUCUUCCCCGUAUCUCUCUCCCCACCUCUGUGUCUCCCACUCUCUCCUCCCCCCUCUCUCCCUCUCCCUCUUUCUCUCCAGCGGGUCGCGGCAGUAUCCGUGGCGUUGACACGCCCUCGUCAUCAGACCACUCCUCCGUUGCCGUGACGCUGAGCCAUCUGUUUCAUCAGAAGAGCGGAGUGUUCUCUUGGGACGGAGCCAGAGGAAAGGGGUGGUCCGGACAUCUGAACACGCCCCUGCAGUGCCGGCUGCAGCCAGGGGAGGAGGGGGAGUUCCUGUUCACAGGGGCGGUACGGUUCGGAGAGGCGUGGCUUGGCUGCUCCCAGCACUACCGCCACUUUCUGAAGCUCUACCGGACUGCCCUGGAGACAGGAAGUAAUCCCUGUCACAUGGACAUGAACACAGACUGAGGCCCGUCCAGGAGACAACCAAUCAGGGAACAGGUUUGGGAAACGAACUCAGCGAAUCGGGGACGUAGAGAGAGGGAGGGCUGGGUCACUGACUGGACGAUUGAUCGGAUUUACAGGGACCUGAUCCAAUCAGAGAGAGGAGGGAGGUCGUAAAGGGGCGGAAUAUUUUAAGUGACUGAGAGGUGAUUGGACGUGGUCCCAAGCCCUGCUAGCCGAUUUGGCUGAAGCUCUUACUGUUGCCUAGCAGCAAGGACCGUUGGACUGUAUCUGAACAGUUCUAAAGCCAACUGUCGUCCUAGAAUGUCUUAAGACCCUGCUGGUUUGUGCACAUGUUUUGGAAAUGGGUGUAAAUAUGAUCAUUCUUGUAAUGAAAGUUUGCUUUGUGAAAAGCUUUAUGUACAGUUUAGAGGUUGUCUUCUGACAGAAGUGUACAGUGGGUUCUGCACAGCGUGUGUGUGAACUAGCAUGUGCACGCUAGUGAGGGUGUGAACGUGUGCGCACUAGCCUGUGAAUGUGUGUGUGCACGCGUCUGUGUACGCUAGCGUGUGUGGUUCUGCACUAGCGUGUGUGAACGUGUGUGCGCUAGUGAGUGUGUGUUAAAGUACAGUAGCACUCUGGCUCUCUGUUCUAGGGAAUAAACUCUCUUCCAGGAACAAGUAUUUCGUUUACUGUGUCUAGAUAUGUCUGUGUCACAUUGAAUUUCUUGUGGGGAACAACAAAAGGUCCCCAGUUGGUCAAAUUUGUGUUUGUUUACUAUUCUUGUGGG